AUGUCGUUUUUUCUUGGUGAUGCAGCGCAGUAUACCAACCAAGAAGUCAGUCCCGAGAAGAUAAAAAUGGCAGAGAUUCAAUUCUACGCCGUCAGCACAACCUUCAACAGUGUCCUACAAACAUGUCGAAGUAAAUGUAUCAUGCCCGAGUACGGUGAAGGUGAGCUUCAUACUGGGGAAGCAUCUUGCCUAGACCGCUGUGUGGCCAAAUAUGUUAAAACCAACGUUCAGGUCGGGUCUGCCGUUCAAGCGAACUUGCGACCUGAAACGAUGCCCGAGUAUAAGGUCUUGGAGGCUAGAUUGCACCAGUAA